AUGAUUCCCUACGGCGCCUUCAACCCAGCUGCCUUUGAGAACUUUGCCUACGACUUUGAUCCACGCAAUCCCUCCUCGGCGCUGGAAGCAGCCAUUGCAGCGGCUCAUCUCACCCGCGACCACCUCAUCCCAAACACCCGCAUCCCCCGCAUCAUCCACCAGACCUGGAAAACCUCGGAUAUAGACACCGAGGCGACCCCCGAGCAUGUCCGUGUCAGCGUCGGCAGCUGGAAGAAGGAGAACCCGGGCUAUGUAUACAUCCUGUGGUCCGACCACGACGCCGAGCAGAUGGUGCGGCAGUUUUACCCGUCAUGGUUCAAGCUCUACAAGGACCUCCCCGUCCCGGUCAUGAAGGCUGAUCUGCUGCGGUACUUGGUGCUCCACAAAUUUGGGGGCGUGUACUCUGAUGCUGACACCAAGGUCCUGCGCAAGAUCGACGAUUGGGUCCAUGCCAAGGACCUUACGCCAUGGAUGUACAAAAACGAGACCAUGGCAUUCACUGAGCCGGUGGCCGCCAUCAUCGGCCUCGAGACGGACGUUCCCAAAAAGUUUGGUGACGAGUGGAAGGGCUUCUAUCAGAGUCCCAACCAAAUGUGCCAGUGGACGAUGGCCAUGGUCUCAGGCCAUCCUAUUGCGGCCGCAGUCAGCUCGCUCUCAUUUCACAAGAUUGCAGCGAUGAGCAAGAACGAACUCAAGCACGCCGACGUCACAAAGAUCACCGGUCCUGGCCCCUGGACGGAGGUCAUCAACCGGUACAUGGCUGGGCACGGUGUCGACUGGCGGGACCUUCGGGAAUACGGCCCGUCCGCUCGCCAAAUGGGCGACAUGCUUUUGUUUCCAAUUACUGCGUUCAGCCCCGGCCUGGGUGAAGUACUUGCCACUGCCUUUGGUGACAUGGGAGGCGGGCGUCUGGCCGACCCCGAAGCUCGUGUGCAGCAUAUGUGGGCGGGAACUUGGCGCUGA